AUUGUGCUUCAGUGUAUUUUUGGCUUAGUAUUAGGAUCAGUUGGUGCUGUUCAGAUGGCAGGAAAUUUUAGGGAAAUCAAAGCAUCAGCUGAAUUAGCAAACAAGUAAGUGAAAGAACAAAUUAAUUAGUAUACUGUACAUACCAGCAUGAGCUCCACCUUUGAAUUUACUAUAUGAGUAAAUUCUUAAACACGUCCAAAUUUAUCAUUAUGAUAAAUUCGCGGCAAAUUUUGAAUUUAUCAUAAUAAUAAAUUCACAGCACCUAACACUAACCCUGACCCCAACCCUAACCACUAACCACUAACCACUAACCCCUAACCCUAACUUUUUUAACUUUUUAAAUUUUUUUAACUUUUUUAACUUUUUUAAAAAUCUAACUUUUUAAACUUUUUUUGCUUUUUAAAACUCUUCUAAAACUUUUUUAAAAACUAUUUUUUUAAAAAACUUGAUUUAAGAAUUUACUGAAAACGUGUUUAAGAAUUUACUCAUAUAGUAAAUUCAAAGGUGGAGCUCAUGUUGGUACAUACAAGUACUAUACUGUGCUGUGUGUUGACUGCAGUUUAUAGAGUAUCCCUGCAGAAUUCAGUGGUUUCUCCAGAGUCCACUUGACCAGUCUUUUGCACGAUCUAUUUGUGUAUGCAUGUUUGUCAUAUAUGCGGUGGAAUAAUUAAGUUUGAGGCACAUUUUCUAAUUGAGGGAGGAAGUUGACCAAUAAUUUGUAUCGGCACACGCAUGUUUCUUUGUGAUAUGCUCACAUGCAAUGUUUGUUUAAAAGGCCAUUUAUUAUUUUACUGUCAGACGAUUUUACUUGUCAAGACAGAGAGUUUUGCACUUUAAGAAAAUUUUUGAAGAAAAAUAUUGUUCUGUUUUGGCAUGUGGACAAAACAUCUGUUAGAAUUUGUUUGGAAAAAUUGCAAUUUGUUUGGGAAAAGCCCAAAAGCUAUUUCAAGCUCUCCUGUAACUAAUUGCUUGUUCUCUAUUACUUUGUGUUUUUUUUAGAAGUUGGGAAACUGCAAGUAACAGGCCUUCAUUUUACUCCUUUCACCACAGAGGAAAAAUCAUGUUAAAAAAUGUGAUGCCUGAGUGA